UUAUUCCAGACCUGUUUCUAAUGCAUCACAGCAAAUUCAAAUUUACAUACAAAUACAAGCUAAUCAUGUACAACUUGAUGCAAAACAAUCUGUGAUGACUGUGGGAUGUAUGUUUACUUUGGAGUGGUAUGAUGAGAAGAUGGUCUGGAGUCCAGACAACUUUGAUGGUUUGAAUAUUUUAAAUUUGGUUCACCAUGAAAUUUGGAUACCAGAAUUAGUCAAUUUCAAUGCUGUAGGGAAGGGAGUAUCUCCACUGGGACCAGCUGCCGUAAGGGUUACAUCUAAUGGUAAGGUGAGGUGGAGUACCCGCAGUCAUCUCCAAACUAGAUGUCAGCUGGACCUGAGGCAGUGGCCCUGGGACACUCAGACAUGCAGCAUUCAACUGGGCUUUUGGACCCAAACUGAUACACUGCAACUUAUUUUGUUUGAGAAUGGCACCAAGUUGGAACUGCAGAAGACGAGCUCCGAGUGGGAGGUGCAGAGGCUGGACGCUGAGACUAUUGCUGUUAGAAGACCGUGGCUGCCUGAUCUCAGCUCAGAUGAUGGGACUGACGAUAUAACCCCCACUUCGCUCACCUUCACAUUUGUCCUCAAGCGAGCAAGCUUCGGAUACAUCUACGUCCUGGUUAUUCCCGUUCUGGUGAUGAUCGUGAUGUCUCUGGCCUGUUUCUGGAUGGAUGUUCUGGGCAAGGAGAAGUUGGCUACUAACUGCCUGUUGCUGCUGCUGCUCUCUGGUUUCUUGUUGAGUCUAGAGUCCAAUCUGCCUGCACCUGCCGACCAUGCUCCAUUCCUUUUUAGAGUGUACAGUUUAGUGCUAGCAGUUGUCACAUGUGCUACUACAGUCACUGUAAUUGUUACCAACCUCACCAACACUUGUCAUGUCCGACCUCCUCCUCGGUUUCUCUGUGACGCGAUCUCUUCUCCUUUCAUUGGUUCAGUCUUCUGCUUACCAAAACCAAAACUAAGAGAGCCAGAGUACAAUCAGAUGAGAGAGAGAGGUGUAGAAGACAGCUUGUCAAUGGAGCCUGAGUGUGACAGUGUAGCCAACCUGUUGUGGGCCAAGUUAGCUGUGUUUUGUGACAGAGUUGCAUUUUUCUUCGCUCUUUUUGCAUAUACUGCUAUAUUUGUUUUCUGAGGUGUUUAUAAGCUAUGACUAAGUUUGAUAUUUUGUAUUAAUUAUAUAAGUUUGAUUGUACAAAUCUUAAUAAUAAAUAUGUGAUUAAUUUAAA